AUGAAUACCGCCAAACGUGCAACGACGCGCAAGGCCCAAGUCCCCUCGGAGAAGACCGUCUCUGAGGCGGAGACAAGGUGCCACAGUGCACUCCUUGUUAUCGGCACGUACCACUCCGUGAUGGCAGGUCUUGUGUACCGCCGAAACAAGUUUGGCAUGCUUUUCUCCGUGAAACACCACGAGGGCUGCAUUAACAGCGUGGCUGUGGGCGAAAGGUACAUGGCCACUUCCGGCACGGACGAGCGUGUCUUCCUCUUUACGAACAAGAACCAGAAGAGUCUCACACCCUCUGAACGGCUACGAUUGCGGGCGGCGGGGGAGUCGUUGAGUGUGCGGCUUGCGGAUCUUGGCCACAUCUCGCCGCCAAGCGAGGUGCGCUCUCUUCUUUUUAUUGCCAACUCACAGCAACUGCUCUGCGGCUGCACGGACGGCCAACUCCUCAUGUACCGGACUCGCGACUGGUCCGUCGGCCUCUCGCUCCCACUGCACGAGAAGGGCGUUGUGGGCGUUGCGACACAUCCGGGCAGUGACGGGGCGUUGGCCGUCACGAUUGGCGCGGACCGGCACGUCGCGGUUAUAGACCUUGCAAGGGGCCGACUGCUCAGCAAGUGGCGCUACAACGCAUCCCUUGAGGGAACUGAAGUGAAAAAGCGGCAGGAGGAGGAGGAAGAGGAAAAGGAUGACGACAAAAAAGAUGGCACGCCACGCGUGAAGCGGGUCAAGUUGGAGAGGCGCGACGGCCCGCAUACGGUGAAGUUCUCACCGAGCGGGAGGUAUUUUACUGUCAUGUCGAGUCACGCCUUUGCCGUGUACGAGACGGCGACGGUGGGCGUCGUGGCAAUUUAUCGGACGCC